AUGGAUGGGCACAUUGCUCGGGAUGCUCAUCGAUUACCCUCGCCUCAUUACGCAGAAGAAAGCGGGGGAGGAGCACCCGAUCAUGCGCCACACACAACUGAUGGCGUGCUUACUUUCAGGGAGCACUUGCGAGAACGAGGAAUUUCUGAGGCGGGUACAGACAUCAUCUUGGCCUCUUGGAAACCAGGUACCGAGAAACAAUACCGACCGCACCUUAAGAGAUGGACACAAUUUUGUGAUAAAUGGAACGUUAGUCCCUCUAAUCCCACUGUCUCAAACAUUAUAAAUUUUUUGUCUGAAACUUUUAACAGGAAUGUGGGUUAUGAAACCAUCAACACGGCAAGAAGUGCUCUCUCGUCAUUAGGCAUUGUGGUGAAUGGCUGCAGAGCGGGUAAUCACCCCUUGGUCCUCAGGUUCAUGAAAGGAGUAUUUAAUUUGCGACCACCCUUACCUAGAUACACGGAAACAUGGGACGUUCAACCAGUUCUGAGGGAAUUGAAAUCUAUGUACCCGUUGCAUACACUAACCCUUAGGGAUUUGACAUUUAAACUUGUUAUGUUAAUGGCACUGACCCAAGCUGCAAGAGUUCAAACUUUACAUCUUUUGGUUAAAAAUGGCAUUCGCAUAGAACAAGAUUCUAUUUCAGUUCAGUUAAGGGGUAACGUUAAGCAGUGCAGGCCCACGUUUAAUGUCCGUUCAGUUAAGUUUCAAGCCUAUUCCAGGGACACUAGUUUAUGUGUAUGUGUUACAUUACAGCAUUACCUAGCAAGAACGGAGGAGCUCAGACGGGGGCUUUCCCAAGAUGAUGAUGGAUUACUCCUCAGCUACGUUAGGCCACACAAGUCUGUCACUAAGGACACCAUUGCCCGGUGGGUUAAGGCAAUGCUUCAAAGGUCGGGAGUAGACACAACCAAGUUUACAGCGGGAAGUGUUAGGUCAGCGGCAGUAUCAAAGGCCAAGGCUAUGUCAGUACCUAUUGCUUCUAUUAUGUCUAAAGCAGGAUGGACACAGGAAAGUACAUUUGCAAAAUUUUAUGACAAGCACAUUGUGCCAGAAGUGGACCCGUUUCAGGAGGCCGUGCUCGUGUAGCUCCUGUAACACUUUUUUGGUACUGUUCUGUACUUACUUUGGGAUGCCAUAUGGUUAGGACACAGUGUGGAUAUGGACAGGGACUCACUGCCAUUAUGCAAGGUUAUGCAUAUGUGAAUUAUAUUUUGGGUUUGGUUAUUAUGCAUUAUAUGCAACGUUGGGGAAAG